GCAUUGGAAAUUCCAAUAAUCUAAAUUGCGUGAAACUUUGCUGCCCGCUCCUAAUUUACAAUGACCAAAGUACCUACUUUUGCAGAAUUGGCUGCACGACGGAUUUGGGACCCCAAACCAGGAACAAUUCACUACCGCGAUGCAAUCAAUUACGCAAAGGAUGGCAUGUACGCUAAAGAUUUAAUUUCGGAUUACCUCCAAGGCCUUCUCAUUUUAGCCAAAGAAACAAAGCAUGCUUUGGUUUGGGAAUGCGGGCUCUUUCAAUGGCCGUUUGUCAAAGGGAUGAAAAUCCGAAAGGGGAUCCCACAUAUCGGUCAACCUUUUACAGGCCCUGAUGGGAAGAUCCUGCAGUAUGAAGGUCGCAUUCUGCAUGGUGAGAGGGAUCCAGAUGCGCUAUCCCAUCUGGAGCUAUCGCCCCUGACUUUUCAGCAAAUUCACAACCACCCAAACUACAGGACCUGGCUUGCCACCCACUUAUUUGCCAAUCGAACUUCAAAUGCUAUCACCUACCACAAUCGCUUGGGUUUGAAUAAUAAAAUUGCUUGCGAGCAAUUUAUUAAUGAUCCCACAUCUCCAAAAGCGAUAGGGCCUGAUUCCCAAGCUCAAGGUGAUGGCAAUCGCGUUUACAAUGAAUUUGGAUUGCUGAAAGUGGAGUUGAAAUUGAAGGUCGGCAAGCGGCGGCGGCGAAAGGGGGAAAAGAAAAUGAAGCGCAAGCGACGAAAAUGUCGAAGCGAGAGUGAAGCGGGGAGCGAGAGUGAAGGGGGGGAAGGGAGUGAAGAGGGAAACGAGAGGAGUGGGGCAAGUGGGGGUGGAGUUGCGCGAGCGGAAUUUGGGGGGAAAUCAUUGAGCAAUCGAAUGGAUUUCUCAGGGAGUGAUGGUGAGGGAGGUGAAGAAAGUGAUGGGGGUAGGGGCGGCAGGCAGGAUGAUUUGGGGAAGGAGAGCUCGGAAAAUGAUUCGAGUUCGGAAGGCGAAGGGAGGAUAAGGAAGCCGCGAGAUACAUCGUGGAAAGGGUUAAGAAAGACAAUAGGGGGCAAGGGGCCAAUGCAGUCGUCAAUUGCAUUGGAAGCGGGGCAAGAAAAAGCCGAAGGAGAAGCGGAGGGGGAGUCGAUAGAAAGCGAUAAUUGAUUAUUUGAAUAAUGAAACUGAAAUUUAUUAUUGGAAUCACUUGAAUCAAGGGAAUGAAUUACAAGCUUGAAAUUUGAUCA